CACGCGCAGCAUAGCGCGAUUAUACGAUAAUAUAUUAAUUUAGAAUUUUAUCUGUAGUGUAGCGCAGUGUUACCCAUCUCUUCAGUCAGUGUUUUAAAUGUAAAUGGGGAUCUUUGAAUUAAAACUAUUCAUCUGAAUAAUUUAUUUCCGGCAAAUGCCGAUCUGUUUUGUUACAGUACGAACCAGGUAAACAAUUUGAAUUGGAGCUCAAAUCAGGCAGAACGGCGGUUUGCGACCUUGUGAAUUGUGAUGCUACGUCUACUAUUGUGAUUUGUUGUUACGCCCGGUUUUUUGCUAGUCAAGUGUUGAACAAGUUGCUGAGCGGUGCAGUACAAUGUGAUCGGAAGACUCAAUAAAUGAUUUUAUCAUUUAAACCGUUGGAAGUUCGCAUAGUUCCUAUUUGGUAGCAUCUGACCUUAGUUUUAAGUAAGAAUUUGCGACCCACGCCGCGUAAUAAAACUCCUACGCGCCAACAAGAAAUUAACUCUGUCUUGUAACUAAAAACGACAGAAUGUUAACAAAACUAGUCGAUUUCUAGAGUAACUUUUCACUAAUUUCUGUGUGUUAUUAAUAUACGUUAUAUUAUGAACUACAAAUGAUAGUAUUUACAGAUUUAAGUGUUGUAUGAUGUUAAGAUCAUUUCUUUUGGAGUAUCGACUGAUUUUAUAAAGUUGUCAAGGUUGAAAUACACUUUUAAGGAAUAAGCUUCUCAUUAUUGGAACAGAUGGCAUAAAUUGUAGUUAAUUACUAUUCUACAACCUUCUUUUAAUUAGAAUAUUCUUAAGCUAUAUCAUUUAAGACAUUACUUAUCUAAUAAGAUAAUGAUUAAUAUGAAAGAGGAUUUGGACAUCCUACUUAGUGUUGUAGACCUAAAAUAAAGAAAUCAACCAACCUGUUAUGUUACAAAGUGAGAAUGGAUGAAAAUGAUAUAAUAAUUUCUUCUACGGAGAUAAUUAAAGAUAGAUUAUAUUUCGCAACCCUCAAAACUGGUUACAAACCAAAGCCUACGCGCAAUAGUAAAUACUUCCACAUUGAAGAUGAGAUUGUUUAUGAAAACUUCUACUAUGAUUUUGGCCCUUAUCAUCUGUGCCAUUUGUAUCAAUUUUGCAACAAGCUUAAUGAGGAAUUGGAGAAGAAUCCGAAGAAAAAAAUCGUCUUCUACACUAGCAAUAGUGAAACUCUUAGGCUUAACGCGGCCUAUCUUAUUGGGAGUUAUCAGAUAAUAUAUCUGGGCUCCUCCCCUGGUACGGUCCACAAACAGCUAACAGAAGGUACUUGGUCCUUAUUGAAUUUCCGUGAUGCGUCAGGCGGACCAGCGCUCUUUGAUAUAUCGCUUCUAGAUGUGCUGCAGGGCGUCAAAGUGGCGCAUGAUGCGAAAUUCUUCGACUUCGAGCACUUUGAUACGGAACAGUAUUUGUUUUAUGAGAAAGUAGAAAACGGUGAUCUCAACUGGAUAAUACCCGGGAAAAUGCUGGCGUUUUCCGGUCCUCACCAUCGUUCGCGCUUGGACCGGGGAUACCCCUUACAUAGCCCGGAACACUACCACGAAUACUUCAAGAAGCACCACGUGACCACCAUCGUUCGGCUUAACAAAAAAUCAUAUGAUGCAAGGCAGUUUACGGCGCAUGGAUUUGAGCAUAGGGAAUUGUUCUUUGUCGACGGUUCGGUGCCUUCGGAUCUGAUAGUCAACAGGUUCAUAAGGAUCUCUGAGGUGGCGAAAGGCGCUGUUGCUGUACAUUGUAAAGCGGGUCUUGGCCGUACAGGAACUCUGAUAGCAUGCUACAUGAUGAAGCACCAUGCCUUCACAGCUCGAGAGGCUAUCGCCUGGCUUCGGAUCUGCAGACCUGGAUCUGUUAUUGGCCACCAGCAGUGGUUCCUCGAGAACAUUCAACCUCGGAUGCAUGCUGAAGGAGACGCACACCGUCGAAGACACAACAUCACAUCGCUACCCGUGUUUGCACGAGGGAUAUACAGUGACUUGGCCCCGGAGCCGGUACCAAUACAAGAAAAACCAGUUUCGUUGCAGACCAUAUUACACGCCAAGAAUGCUAAUACCAAUAAGCUGGACAAUGCCAAUGCCCUUAACGCGAACGAGACAGAUCGAGAAAACAAUAUAACGCAAGUCAUUGGCAAGUACAAGACUACCGCCUCCCCGAUGUUACCAGUUAAAGUGUUCACACCAAAAAUGAACUAUAUGCUUCCCACGAACAAUGUAAAGAAUGCCAAUAACACCAACCUCAAACCACAGCCGAGAUUAAUAAAUUCAACGAUUAAAUCUCACUACGCGGCCAAAACGUCCACUUUCCCCCCUACAAGAGGUGCCAACUCCCAAGCCAAAUUAACUGGGGUCAAAGCUCAAUUUACGGGCAAAAACAGCUUCCACGGCCGUGCCAAUCUUGCGCGACCGGCAAACUACACUCACGGCGCAAGCCCCAUCAAGACAUUUACCAGAAAAGCCAUGAGUGCCACAAAAAUGACGUCAAACGACACAAACGCCGUCACAACCGUCAGCAAUGUUACCACAACUUUGACAACGCUGACGGAAAAUUGUCAUUUGAAUGGCAAAAACCGUCUUCCAUCAGAGCCGAAUCUCAAAGCUACACCAAAAACUCCCGUAAUAAACAGUGCCAGGAAGAAAAUGAUUGUUCGAUCAAAUUCCAUUUCCCGUAAAAAGCUUCCUAAAAGUGUCACCAAAAGUAAUCUCGAAGCGAGCCAAGAGCUAUCAUCAAGCGAUACCAAUAUAACCAACAUCUCUGUUGAUUCCCUAGACACGCCCUUCAGGUUCAGACGAAAACGGGAUAAAUCUAAAAGUCCCGAACCGAUGGACACCUUAUCUAACUCGGUUAUAACUGCUGAUGUGACUCCAGAAAACUACGAGGAGACAAAUAAUUCGCAAGGGAAUAAGUUGUAUAAAAUUAAGGCAUUACGAAAAAAAUGUCCUGCAUUCGGUGUGAGCCUACUGAAGAAAGAGGGUGUCCAAACAAGAUCGAGUAGUUGCGCUAGCGGUUCAACCGUGAAGAAGAAAUGAUCUCUACUUAGCGUAGCGAGUUAGUUAUAGUUGUGCAUAGCACAUGUUGUAUUUGUUUUAGGAAACUCGAGGGACGUUUUUGAUAAUCUAUUGGAAUCAAGUGCAUAUUUACAGCAUUUAUCAAUAAAAACGAUUUCGCAGACAUCGAUUGGAUAAUGAAUUUCUAUUAUAUAUUAUCAUAAAUGAUCCUUCGAGCCGGAUUGGUAGGUUUGUUUAGAUUCGUGCCGACUGACUUGUUAACCCAUAUCACGUUUGUUCCCUAAUAAAAAGGUUUUCUAAACAAAUUUAUCAAUUAAGUAAUCGCUUUAUAGACACCAAUAAUUGCUAAAAUACGCAAAUCCGUGGGCGUUUCUUGUAAUUAUUGCUUUUAAAAAUUCGGUCUAACUAUUUAUAUUAUACGGUUAUUUAAUUUUAAAACAGAUAGAACCAGGAAUAUUUAAAACCUAUAUUUUUGGGAAAUACUUGAGGUUAUAUUAAACAGUUACAUAUAUCGUGAGAGGCGCCUACGCUUACGUAUUUUAGCAAAAUGAGCCUAAAUGUUUAUUAUAUUUCUUAUUAUAUAGACAUAAGUGGUUGAAUGUCCAAUAAUUAGUUGUGUUAAGUUUCAAAACUGUUUUGCAUGCUAUAUUUUUACCCACCUUUAUUUAUAUUUUUUUUAUUAUUUUAUUUAAAACAAUUUAUACAUAUCUAAAGUAUAUUGUAACGUUUCGAUUAAUACAUAAUUCAGAAAAAGAAAAUUUUUAUAUUUGUUCUGAA